AUGAAGUUCACUGCUGUUUCUACUUUAGUCUCUUUAGCCGCUUUACUGCAAAAUGUUUUAGCUGAUUCUGAACCAUUUGGUGUCCUUUCCUCCCAUUCUGCCUCGAACAUUCACCUUUUGCCAUUCUACGAUUCUGGUAGCGGUUUAUUUUUGGGUGCUGUUUCUUCAUCAUCUGACGUUCUUGGUUUUACUAUUACUGACGCUGGUAAGUUGAAGUUCUCAAAUGGUAAAUAUGCUGUUGUCGAUUCUAACGGUGAAAUGUCCGAAGGUGAUGAAAACAACGCUGCUACUGGUUGGGCUAUUGAAAAGGGUCUUGUUACUUUGAACGGUAACAAGUUGUUUUAUGGUGUUCCAACUACUGAUUCAGCAUACCCAUCUAACUACAAAGUUUAUGUCAAGGAUGUACCAAAUUCUAACUACUUCUACAUGGUUGGUACUACUGCAGACAACAACCAACAAUACACAUUUAUUCCUCCAGACGCUUCCUCCUCUUCAAGCACAUUAGCUCAAACCACGGAAUCUGUCUCUUCCGCUGCUAAAACAACAGCUAUUAUUGGUUCCAUUAAACAAAGUUCAACUUCUGCUUCGCCUUUAAUUACUAUUCCUCAACAAUCUGAAAAUGGUGCUGCUGGUUUACGCUUAGGUGCUACCCUUGGUUUAGCAGGGAUUGCAGCCUUAUUAUUAUAA